CGCGCGCGGUCCCCACAUCGCGCGCAUCGCGCUCCGCCAUACACGCUCGCGUAAGGCUCACGGCUCCUAGACCUCAGGACUCCUGCAGCCAUGACGUCGCGGCCGGUGCGCGUGCUGGUGGAUAUGGACGGCGUGCUGGCCGACUUCGAGGCCGGCCUCCUGCGGGGCUUCCGCCGCCGCUUCCCAGAGGAGCCGCACGUACCGCUGGAGCAGCGCCGGGGCUUCCUUGCGCGCGAGCAGUACCGCGCCCUGCGCCCCGACCUGGCGGAUAAAGUGGCCAGCGUGUAUGAAGCCCCGGGCUUUUUCCUAGACUUGGACCCCAUCCCGGGGGCCCUGGAAGCCAUGCGGGAGAUGAACGACAUGCAAGACACCGAGGUCUUCAUCUGCACUAGUCCUCUGCUGAAGUACGACCACUGUGUGGGCGAGAAGUACCGCUGGGUGGAGCAGCACCUUGGGCCCCAGUUUGUGGAGCGCAUUAUCCUGACGAGGGACAAGACCAUGGUCCUGGGGGACCUCCUCAUUGAUGACAAGGACACCAUUCGAGGCCUGGAGCAGGCUCCACACUGGGAGCACAUCUUGUUCACCUGCUGCCACAAUCGGCACCUGGCCCUGCCCCCCACAAAGAGACGGCUGCUCUCCUGGAGCGACAGCUGGAGGGACAUCAUAGACAGCAAGCGGGGAGCUGCACACCAGGUGUGAGCAGGUCUGCAGUGGCUGGUGCUGACCGGGAG